CUAGAUGCCACUAAAUUCUACACACUGCACCUUUAAAAGCUCAUGAACACACCCGUAGUCGGAAGAACGACCUCAUCGCUCGGGAAAUGGGAUCAUCCGAGGAGCACGUGAAUGCAGCAGAAUCCUCCUCUCGGCUCCUCCCCGUGCCUGUAUCAUCUGUGACGGGUCACGUUACCGGAGGGGGGCAGUCGGUGUGGAAGCACUGAGCUCCCUCCUGACGAGUUUUAAUCUGCCUGCACUUACCGUUAAAUAUUAGUCAAAGAGUUGACGGAAAGGCGAAACCAGGCGAACAAAAACCGGCGCUGAGCGGGCGGACGGACAGCCUGCUGGGAUCUAACCAGAGCAACUGGAUCUCAUCGCGGGCUGGACGCGAAGCUCUACGGCGUUAUAGGUGCACCGGAGUCUGCCGACGGACGACAUGGGAAAUAAAUAGUUGUUACACAACAUCAUUUUCCAGCUGAAGUCAUGGAUGCAAGUUGGAAAAACUGCUUCGAAGAGGAGCUUCUGUGUCCCAUCUGCCUGAAUGUUUUCGAUGAACCCAUCCAGCUGCCAUGCAAGCACAACUUCUGCAAGGGUUGCAUCUCUGAGGCCUGGGCCAAAGACAGCGCUGCGGUCCGCUGUCCUGAGUGCAACCAUGACUACGACCAGAAACCCACACUGGAGAAGAACUUUAAGCUUGCCAACAUAGUGAAGCGAUUUAACGCACUGAACACCGACAAAGCCCCCCCUGUGCUGCACUGUGUCCUCUGCAGACGGGGCCCUCCGCUGCCUGUGCGGAAGGUCUGUCUGCGUUGUAAGGAGCCCUGCUGCCAAACACAUAUCCAGACGCACCUACAGCAGCCAUGCGCAGCCCCGGGACACCUGUUAGUUGACGCCGAGGAGCUGAGCGCUUGGACCUGUCCCAGUCAUGAGGAGUACAGGCUGCUCCACUGUGAGGAAGAGCAGGUGGCUCUGUGUCCGUUCUGCUGCAUCUCUCACUGCACUAACCAAAGACACACGGUCUGUGAUGUGGAUACACAACGCAUACAAAUGCAGGCCAUGCUAAUGAGGCAGCAAGGCAGACUGGAUGAUCGAGUUCAGAACAUCGACGAGCAGCUUACUAAGCUGGAGUCAGACAAGACGCUGAUGAAGGACGCAGUGUCUGACCUGAAGGAGCGUGUGAGAGACCAGUAUCAGCGGAUGCACGCGCUGCUAGAAGCGAACCAGUCUGAAACCAUGCAGAUGCUGGAGAGCACUUACACUAUGUACGCACGGAAAAUCUCCCAGCAGGUUCUGCAGCUCAACGAGAGGCGGCAGGAAGCAGAAAAACUUCUGAGCUCAGUACAAACGUUCUUCCAAAGAGCAGAAAGCUUUAACUUCAUGAAGAACACAAAACCUUACCAGCUGCUCCUGGACAGGUCAAAUUCACACCUGAGUAGUGCCAUUCCUCCACUUAGAGUGGGUCAGCUCAACUCUCAUCAUUUGUUCUCCGAACUCUCAACAAGAGAGAAGAACCUGCGCAAAAUGCUGGAAGAACCGUUCAAUGAGGCACCCAUUCUUGACAUUGUCCAGUCGCAGAGUAGCCCUGCUGGCUCCUAUAUGGGGACUAGUUCAGGACCACAGAAGAGGAAAUACGGCAUGUCUUUCCUGGAGAGUAACACUGAAACCUCUGCAUCCCAGGAUCCUCCUCCGUUGCUGUACAGCAGCAAAAAACCCUUCCUGGCUGACCAGAGCCAUCAUGCUUCAUCCAUGUAUUCCUCUGAAGGUCUCACCCACAAUCCUCACACCGGCCCCGGCCACAGUCGGCUCCUUGACAGUUCAGCCCAUCACAUGGUGGGUCUAGGGUCCAGCUCUAGCCACCCCUCAGGGACCAUAUUCACCCCCUCCCACUUCCCCAGUGGAGGUGCCUCGCAACAAGCCAUGUACGAAGGGAGGAAAGUACUGAUGUGCACUCUGAAUAACUGCUGCUGCUCUCGGGCCCCUGCUGCCCGUGCCCGGCCACCGUACCCGGCACCAGACUCCUUCCCCCCCAUGACCUCUCAGGAGUUUAACCCACAUGCCCCUCUACCUGCAAGCCAGCCGCUGCAGCAUUUUCCCAUGAGGGGCCUCAUGGAAGCCGCACAGACAGCCAGGCACCCAGACAUCUACGGGCUGUACAGCCAGCCUUCAACCAAGCAUUAUGGGACCAAGUAACAAAUCAGAAUCAGCAUCCACUUUUCCGUUUUAUUGAAUCAUAAUUGGCAUCGGAAUAUCAACUUUUUUGCUUUUUGUUCCAGAGAUUUGUUGUCCGUUUGUGUCUCCAAUACGCCUCCAUGAUGUUAUUUUAACCCCUUGUUUACUUUCUGAAUCACGUUGUCAGUAGUAUUUUCUGUUUAAAUUCAACUGGAAGUGCUAAUGUGAACAAUAUAGUCUUAAAUCCAUUAAAGCAGUUGAACUAGAUCUUAAAGAAAAAAGACAUUGUUCAUCAGGAGCCCUGACAUGGGACUCCAGAGACUUCAGUGCCUAAAAAGACUGUUAACAUGCUCUUAUUGUACUUGCAAGUUCCUAGCUCUUGAUUAUUUCCUGUUUGUGGCUGAAAGCAUGCAGGGAGCCUCUCCGUGCACUCCAAAGUCCACGUGGCUUUAGAAAAACACUGGACUAUGAAUGCUUGUCAGGUUUUUCAUACAUUUUAUACGAGAUUAUGAAUAAACCAAAAUCAGAGAAAAUUAUGAAUAAACAAGCAUAUUAAAUGGCAUUUUUGUCAUAUUUUAAGACCUGGUUUACAGUUUUGAGUGUAAUCUUGUGGGCUUUUUUUCCCCCCAUGGUAACGAGUGACAUAUUUGUUAUUUUAAACAUUAUGUUUGAUUAUAGUUUGAGGUCUGUUUGUACUGAGGAGCACAUUAUGUGAUUUAUUUGGGUUAGGAGGUUUUACAGUUUGACUCACUGGGCUACAUUUGAAAUGUCAAUGCUGCCUGUAAGAAAGGAAAGCCAUUAUUGUAGCACAUCCCACCCUGCAACUCACCCACAAUCUAUUCAUAGGUUAAGGCUUGUAAAAUGGAAAAAAAAAAAAAAAAAAAAAAAAAAGGAUACUGAAUGACCGCAUGUUUGAGACCUGCUGUAUUCAGAGGAAUCUCAAAACACAGCGGAGGAGCUUUGGACAAUGAUUUGUUAUAGACCGGACCACAGCAGGCCCAUUAUCUGCCAAUUUAGGACAGUCCACUUCCUUGUCAACAUCCUGGUCUCUGGCAAAAUCUCUGUCUCAUCCCUCUUUGUCUCAUUAUUGGAGCUGGUUGUCAAGUUAGGUCAGAGAACAGGAAUAACUGAUGAGCAGCACCUCCCUCCCCUCCCCUCCCCUCCCCUCUCUCUCUCUCUCUCUUCCUCUCCCGGGGUAUCAUUUGCCGGGGCUCGAUGCGCAGGAGGAGGAGGGGUAGAGCGGCGGAUGAUAUAAGCGCAGAGUUUUAAUGAGGACUGGGACAGUAAAGUCAUCUACUUAUCUGUCACUCAUACUCCUUUCAUCGUCCCCCCCCCCCCUCCCCAGAGCGAGACGGUGAGAUAGAGGGAGCGAGAGGGAAGAAAGGGGAGGGGGAUAUAGCACAUCACUUAUUUAUGGGUUGUAAAAUGUUCUGCCCCCCCCUCCCUGUUUUGCUCUCCCUCUUCUCUAGUCCAGUCUCCUUUUUUUUGUUGUUGUUGUCAUUCAAAUUCAAGAGAGUGUGAAUAUAAAAAAGUUUCUGAUAGCUUUUCAAAGAGCCCGGCCCCCCUUUAGCACUGAUUAUAGGAGGCAGAGGAGUAGGAGGAGCUGAGGUUUAGUUACAGUGUGGCAUCAAUCUGACAUUUAUUGUGUGUAUGUGUGUGUGGCAGCCUAUGAGCAUUCCCCUUGUGCACCGCUUCAUCUGUGUGUGUUAUUAAUAAAACAUACAGUAGACUGAA